GUAGCUAUCGCACAAAAACAAACGCGUGAAGAAAAAUGCCUUCUUGGAUACAACACUGCUGAAGAUAACUCUCAAAAGAGGGAUACCAAUAGAGACUUUAUAGCAUCUCUAAUGGAAGUCAGCUAUACAAACCCAACCACAAUAGAGACUAGUGCCAAAAAUAGCACAUCGGAGGAAAACUACAACAGUAGUCAGUUAUACAAAGAAAACUCAGUUGAGAAAAUUACUAGCCGCAAAGAGGGAAAGCAAAAAGAAGAGUUGAAAGGUGCUUGUAACUCGGAAACCAAAAGAAAAAGAAAAGAUCUCAACUCAGAAGAUAGAAAACUUAAGUGGAAUAGAGUGCUUAAAGAGAAAAGUAGCAACAACAGAUUGAAUCUAGCAGAAUAUGAAAACCGGCCGGAGAAGAAUGUUUAUGACAAAGAGAACCAAGCAGUCAAAGACCAGAAUAGAAUAAAAC